UCUGCGGCGUGCCAGUGUAGGUGCACGCGCAGUGGCAAGUCGGGCGUGCAGGCCAGAGUCUCUCUUACAGCGGUAGAAGCGAGAAGCGAGAGAGAGAGAAUUACUUUGGCAAAGUGGCUAUGAUUGGUUACGGUUAUUGUAGUGGUAUCACACGCGCACGUGAGUUCGAGUCGUAGUGCCUAGUCCGCAAGGCACACACACACAGAGACACACACACAGAGACACACACAGACAGACACACAGACACAGACAGACACACACACACACACAGAGACACACACACAGACAGAGACACACACACAGACACACACACACAGACACACACACACAGACAGAGACACACACACAGACAGAGACACACACACAGAGACACACACAGAGACACACGCGCGUGCAGUGAUGUUAUGCGCAUUUAUUUUUUUAAAGGGUUAGAUUGUUGCAGGACGACUCCGGGUUCUUGUCGACGCCGUGAGCUACAAUCGCAGUAUUGUCGUGAGGCUGAGAGCAGCUUUGCCGUGCUGUCGUGCGGAUACGUGCGGGUAGCAACGCGCUCCAUUCACACAGCUCGUGCCGCUGUCUGCGAGCGCUGAAGUUUUCUUACAAAAGUUGAGCGACAAAGUUGCGCUGAACACUGAGACCACCGCGAGAACCACGACCACCACCAGGACCACCACCACCACCAGGACCACCACCAGGACCACCACCACCAUCGCCAGCAGCAGCAGCAAACAGGUCGGAGGGGAACUGUUGGCGUUCGAAACCGCGCCAGGAUGUCCAAAGCUGCGGACCACGUGAAGCGGCCCAUGAACGCCUUCAUGGUGUGGUCGCGCGGGCAGCGGAGGAAGAUGGCCCAGGAGAACCCCAAGAUGCACAACUCGGAGAUCUCCAAGCGCCUCGGCGCCGAGUGGAAGCUCCUGACCGAGGCCGAGAAGAGGCCCUUCAUCGACGAGGCGAAGCGGCUGCGCGCGCUGCACAUGAAGGAGCACCCCGACUACAAGUACCGGCCUCGCCGCAAGCCCAAGUCCCUGCUGAAGAAGGACCGCUACGCCUUCCCGCUGCCCUACCUGAGCGAGGCGGAGCACCUCAAGGCGGCCGCCUCGCUCCACGGAGCCCAGCCCGGCUCGGCCGCGGCCGCCGCCGCCGCCGCCGCGGCCGCCACGGCCGAGUCGCUCCUGGCCGCGUCGGAGAAGGCGCGCUCCUUCCUGCAGGGCGGUCCGCACGCAGGCCACUACUCGCUGCUGCAGGACCACCACCACCACAACCACCACCACCACCUCUCCAAGAUGAACGAGGUCACCUCGUCGCUGGGAGCGGCGGCCGCGGCCGCGGCGGCCGCCGCGUUCCCGUACGCGGGUCUCAACGGCUACGGCGCCGGCGCCUUCAGCCCGCAGCACACGCACACGCACGCCUCGCCCGGGAACCCCGGCUACAUGAUCCCCUGCUCGUGCCCGGCGUGGCCGCCCAGCUCGGGCCUGCAGCCGCCGCUGGCCUACAUCCUCCUGCCCGGCAUGGCCAAGGCUGGACUGGAGCCCUACGCGAGUCAUCACGGUGCCGCGCUCUGAGCCGCCCGUCCGUCCGUCCGUCGCGGCGGACGCCUUAGCGGGGGAAUGUCUGUGAGGAAGUGAGCGGGCUGCAUGGUCGGAUGUUGUUGAUGAUCGUGAUGAUGAUGAUGGUGGUGGUGAUGGUGGUGGUGGUGAUGGUGGUGGUGGAAAUCCGUCCGGCCCUUUCGCAAAGGAAGGAACUCAAGAGGAGGGGAGGUGAUGGACGUCUCGCGAGCGAACUGGAGUCGAACUGUGGCCCAAGUGAGCUGAGAGCGCGGUGGUGGCGAUGGGUGAGCGGUGCGGUGUGUCGAGGCGUGUCGGUGAGCCCGGCUCGACGGGGUGAAGCACUUUAAGAGCAGGGGGUGAGCGCGCGCGAGUGUCACGCGUGCGUCUCGUGUCGACUUGUCUCCAAGUGUGGAGGAGUUUGCUCAGCCCGCGUGCUCGUCUCGGCUCUCCUCUCUCUCUGCGUCUCAGCAACGCGCACGCUGCUCCUUGCCAAUCCACUGCUGGAUGAUGCCCCCCCCCCCUCCUCGCCCCCCCUCCCCCACCACACCGAUUCGCCAUACUUCACCCCAAACAUGAAGAGGAAUCGCGUCAAUAGUUACUGCACUCCCCGCACGGUGGGACGUGACGCUCUCCGCCCCCUGUGUUUGAAAGCGUUUGAGGUGCGUCUUAUAAUCCGAGAGGUGUUUGCGGGUUACCGGAAACGUACAAUUAAUGGGAUGCGUCUUACUGUCCGAAGGGUCUCAUCGUGCGGGGAAUCGAGCAACGACUCUUACAAUUAUGUUAAGGAAUUAAUGGGUUUAGCGCUGCAGUAAAAACAACACCAAAACGCGUUCAUCAUCAUCGUUUAACUCUACUUCUUCACCGUCUCAUCGCUAUAACGAACGCGUUUUAAUUAUUCAAAGGGAGAUUGUGGCUAAGUUUGCGAGGCUCUUAAUAACUUUCAUCUUCGACUGUCAUAAUGAUGAUGGGUAUUAGUCGUAUUGUUGUUGUUGGAGCAAUGCGUGUUGGUAGUUCGGUACUCUGAGUCGAUUCAACGUGAUUUGUGUUUCCAAAUGUCUUCCUAAUCAUCAUCGUCAUCAAUGUCUCGGUCAUCAUCGCGAGCAUAAUCGUCUCUAGAAUAUCCGUCGGUUUUAUCAUCAUCAUCACCAUCAUCAUCAUCACCAUCAACAUCACCAUCAUCACCACCAUCAUAAUCACCCAUUUUCUGUUGGAAUGCUGAUAUUCAUUUGCUCUUUAAAGUUUCGAGAGCAUUGUUUUGUCGUCAUCAGCCAUGAUCAAUCCACUGCUGAAUGUGCGCUUCCGCAAGCAUAUCCUACGUCGUUAAGUUGUCACAUUCUUCCCUUUACCGGACAUAACUACUAUUAUUAUUACUACAAAUAGAGGGGGGAGCGGUGGCGCAGCGAUUAGCGCCACUGCUGCUGCGAAGCACGCGACUUGAGUUCGAUUCCUUAGAAACGGCUGAGAUCAGCGGGGAGCGAUAUCCGAACCGAUCCCGGGCGAUGCCUCCGACUCCCCGCGCUCACCCGGCCGGCAGUGACCUGCGGUAGUGAGGUCUGGUCAAUGCCAGGUGGUAGUGAGGUCUGGUCAAUGCCAGGUGGUAGUGAGGUCUGGUCAAUGCCAGGUGGUAGUGAGGUCUGGUCAAUGCAGGUGGUAGUGAGGUCUGGUCAAUGCCAAGUGGUAGUGAGGUCUGGUCAAUGCCAAGUGGUAGUGAGGUCUGGUCAAUGCAGGUGCUAGUGAGGUCUGGGGCUCUCGCCGUGAACCCGGCCAGGCGUCGAGACGCCUUCGUCCGGCAGCGGCUCGGCGAUGGGACGCCGAGCGAAGAGUCCGAGGGGUCGUUCUCGGAGUCCCUCUGGCCAUGCGAGACUCACUCGGCACAAAUCCAUUUCUCGCGGUGGCCCUCACAUUCCACUCCCCCCCUCGUGGAAAUUCCACAUUCGCGUGGCCUGGAGGUUGGGGUUACGGAGGGUCGUGAUUUUUUUGUCUCUCGCGAAAUCUCACGGCCGCGUUUAGACUUCCCGCAGCGUGGUGCUCGUUUUAUACCACCCCGCCGUGAUGAUGGGUCGAGGCGACCUCUGUCUGGCUGGCGAGCUCCUCCUGCGGCUGCAACCGUGACGACGGCGGUGCGGGUGGCGUUGAACUCGGUUGUAGUUUGUACCACCCUUGUCACCACCCUUGUCUCACCACCCUUGUCACCACCCUGUCACCCCUCUGUCACUCGCCAUCUCACUUCCUCGCUCUUCCUCUAUUACCACCAUCGCCACCACCAUCACCACCAUCGUCAUCAUCAUCACCACCAUCAACACCAUCACCAUAAUCGUCAUCAUCAAUCACCACCAUCGCCACCACCAUGAUCAUCAUCAUCACUACCCACCAUCGUUAUUUCACGAUGUUCCACUGUUCUUGAAUCAACGUUGACUUGAAACUUUGACUUGAAGCUGCCGCGGUUAUAUUUGUUAUAAAAUAAUGCAAACGUAACUUCUCAUUAGCUUGCGAACGUAUUUUUUCUUGUUAAAUCUUCGUCCGCCUCCAUCAUCAUCUUCAUCAUCAUUCUCGCGGUUCCGCGAUGCGGGAGCAGCGUCGGACUUGAGCCGCAGGAGCCCCCGGGGGCUCUGCCCGUGGGGACCCCGAGGCAGAGCGAGAGAGCCGUGGGUGCCAGGCCCUCGUGUCUGCGCGCGUCUGUGUUGAACUUCUUUCGCGCCCUACAGCUUGAUAACUCGAAAGUUAAGACGUCGUCACGGCCACCACGGGCGUGCGUGUGUUUGCGUGUGUGUGCGUGUGUGCGCGUGUGUGUGUGUGCGUGUGUGCGCGUGUGUGUGUGUGUGUGCGUCUGUGUGUGCACCUAGCAUGGCACGAGCGCCGUGGUGAGGUCACCGCCACUUGCUGCUGCGGUGUUGCGUGACGUCUCUCGUGCGUUGUACAGAUGUACAUACGGAAUUAAACUGCGGACUUAGCGAAUAUUAGUGAAUAAACACAAUUAUUGUACUAUAAUAUAAUUCAUGCUGAUGACGCUAAAGAAAACAAUAACACGUGUUUUAAAGAUUAUAACUGAAACUAUACCGAUUGCUGUAAACAAAUAGUCGGCGCUAAUUGUUCGUCCGUCCGGCUGGGAGCGUAAACAAUGUUGUUGUUGUUGAUCGUUUGUGUCAAUCAAAAACCCUUACUCCGCGAGCAGAUGUCGUGUGUAAGAGACGCCGCGCACACAUGUCUUUCAUACGUGUCAUGUAUUUUUCUGUACUAUAUACGAUGUUUGUUUUGCACGGCGUGCGUGUGUGCGUGUGCUGGGCCUCCCGUAGGUCGACUCAGUCUUAAAUGAGUACCCUGGUGCGGUGUGUAAGCGUCGCCAGUCGGGGAGACAAAGGCGGCCGGGCGUAAUUAUCUGGCCACACCGCAUCCUCCUCGUGUGUCGUGCCGGCCUUCAUAGGUGCUGAUACUCGCUAGCAGCACUUGCCCCAACAGUCUGUUGGAGGCUACACGGGGGAUCUUUGUCUGUGUGUAAUCGUAAAAUUCAGCGUCACGCAUUCCGUCGUCCUCUGCGUUCCGUUGCGAAUCGACACGAAAUCAACGCGUGACAUUCGGGAUAAAAACAACCCCACGAUUACGUUUGUAACACAUCCUUCCACGAAACUUUUGCAGAUAAUUAAGAUUAAAGCCAAAUAUAUAACUGCUUCUGACUGGAGGAAUAUCUCGAAACGCACGUGUACACUCACGCGUAGAAGUAUAUUGCUGUUCAUGCGUCAGCGCAUGCGUGUGUGUGUGUGUACACACAGACACGUGUACACACACACACAGUUACGUGUACACACACACACACAGUCACACACACACACACACAGUCACACACACACAGUCUCACACACACACGUGUACACGCACACACACACAGACACGUGUACACACACACAGACACGUGUACGCGCACACACAGUUACGUGUACACACACACACACAGUCACACACACAGUCACACACACACAGUCUCACACACACACACGUGUACACGCACACACACAGACACGUGUACACACACACACACAGACACGUGUACGCGCACACGCGCUGGUGCGCACAGGCUGUGGAUGUGAUAUCGACACGGCAGCGCUGUAGCUUCCUCCACGUGCGUCGCGUCGCGAGCUGUCGCAUUAAACAUUCGACUGACGCAGCUCCGUCUCGUCGCCGUGAUGAAUGUCGCGCGUGUGUUCGACACCACGCGUGCUUUUGAUAUAUUUGCAGGCCGUCACGACCGCUUAUCACGAUUCGUGAUCAGUUUGCAUUUUGCCGCUGUUCCUCGUGCGUAGUGUGCAUAAUGUCAAAGUGUUCAGAAUUUAUAUUUAUACUGGAGGAGGAAUCCGAAGAGCUAUAAAGCUCCUCGUCACAGACGUCCAGUAGGGUCAGGUCAGGACGUGACAACAACAAAGACGACAGCAGCACGAUACGAGUGCAAAGUGUAGGAAGCGUACACAAACGUACAACUCGACUUUUAAAAAAAUGUUUACCUGCUAAAGCCUACUGAGCGAUUCGCUUCUUCUUGUUCAGAGGCGACCUGUGCCACAAAUGAUCGCUGAUCGAAGUGGCUUGUCGCCUGGAAAUGAUCACUACAGUCCUCCAAUACCAACAGCCGACAGUCGCCACGGCGCCUGUGCCAGGCUAGGUGCACUUCGAGGCCUCCCAUCGCCCGACUCACGGCCGUGUGACACUCAACACACACACGUGUGACACACACACACACACGUGUGACACACACACACACGUGUGGCACUCACACACACACACGUGUGGCACUCACACACACACGUGUGGCACACACACACACGUGUGAAACACACACGUGUGACACACACACACACGUGUGACACACACACACGUGUGACACACACAUAGACACGUGUGACACACACACAGACACGUGUGGUCACGCCGUGUGGCACUCACACACACACACGUGUGACACACACACACACGUGUGGUCACGCCGUGUGACACACACACACACACACGUGUGACACACACACACACGUGUGGCACUCACACACACACACGUGUGACACACACAUAGACACGUGUGGUCACGCCGUGUGACACACACACACACACGUGUGACACACACACACACACGUGUGACACACACACAUACACACGUGUGACACACACAUAGACACGUGUGGUCACGCCAUGUGACACACACACACACGUGUGACACACACAUAGACACGUGUGGUCACGCCGUGUGACACACACACACACGUGUGACACACACAUAGACACGUGUGGUCACGCCGUGUGACACACACACACGUGUGACACACACAUAGACACGUGUGGUCAUGCCGUGUGACACACACACACACGUGUGUGUCACGCCGUGUGACACACACACAGACACGUGUUGUCACGCCGUGUGACACACACACACACACGUGUGACACACAUACGUGUUGUCACGCCAUGUGACACACACGCAUUCACCCGCACCGAUUGGCGCCUUCCGUCAGUUCCACGGACCGGCGAUGUCGCAUAAGCCCCAGCAACAACAACAACAACAAUGUUUUCACAACUCUUGUCCGACGUUUCGCUGGAGACUUCAGCCAGCAUCGUCGGGUGUGUUUAACAGGAGUUCGGCUCUCGCCCGACUCGCUUGGAUCUGUGCCGGCCCUGUCGAGUGUCGAGUGAAGGGCUGUAGUUCAACGUUGACAUUAAACUUGCACGAUGUAACAACACAAGGCAAACUGCUUAUGAAUUGCCAUCGCCUGUGUACCUGUGUGCGCGUGUGAACACGCGAGUUGUAUGGUGAGGGGCGGUAGUGGUUAGCGCACCGCGCAACGAACCCGGCCCCCACGAGUUCCAUUCCAGCUCACGGAGGAAUAACAGUGGCGAAUGUGCGAACCGGUGCUGGGCUCUUCCCUAGGUUGACUCGGCCUUACGGCGAGCAAGCACUGUGGGGAAGACAAAGGCGGCCGGGUGUGGUUGUUGGUCACCCGCCCCCUCGUGUGCCAAUGUAGCCGCUAACAGAACUUCGCCAACCAGCAAGCCCGUUAAAGGCUGCACGGGGCAUUUUUGUAUUUGCGCGUCUACAUAUAUACACAUAUACACACGCGCGCGUGUGUGGAGUGCUCUACACGUGUGUGGAUUGUUCUACACGUGUGUGUGAAUUGUUCUACACGUGUGUGGAGUGCUCUACACGUGUGUGUGUGUGGAUUGUUCUACACGCGUGUGGAUUGGUCUACACGUGUGUGGAUUGUUCUACACGUGUGUGGAGUGCUCUACACGUGUGUGUGUGUGGAUUGUUCUACACGCGUGUGGAUUGAUCUACACGUGUGUGGAUUGUUCUACACGUGUGUGGAGUGCUCUACACGUGUGUGUGUGUGGAUUGUUCUACACGCGUGUGGAUUGGUCUACACGUGUGUGGAUUGUUCUACACGUGUGUGGAGUGCUCUACACGUGUGUGUGUGUGGAUUGUUCUACACGCGUGUGGAUUGAUCUACACGUGUGUGGAUUGUUCUACACGUGUGUGGAGUGCUCUACACGUGUGUGUGUGUGUGCGCGCGCAUUCCGUCACGUUCCGCCGAGCGAUGAUCGCGAUGUCGUGUCGACAGAUUGGUCGUUUCGGGCGCCGCGCUGUCGAAGAGAUGUCAACUCCCUCGAGCGCGUAGGUUCGAUCCCGACCCGAUAUUUGGAGUUUGAAUUUUCCUCCGGUUUUUUUUUUAUUUACCGGGCCCACAUUUUAGAAUCGACAUCACGCGCUUCGAGAAUUUUGACUGCGAUACAUUUCCACGUGAUGAUGAAGAUGAUGACGAUGAUCAGCUGUCUCUUGGCCGAGCUUCCAUUUGUGGUUGGGCUGAUUGCCCGAGCACCGGCGUUGUGCGUGAGAUCUGCCAACUCGAAACUGCGGCGGUGGCUUCGCCUCUCAACAGGCGCGCAGUCCGAACGAGCCGUCUCAGCCACUGACGCCGCUAAGACGAUCACGCAAAUAAUUGCCGACGUUACAACUUCAAGGAUUGUUCACGCUCAAGUGAAACGUUAAUAUACUCGUGCACGGCGGCGCCUUGGCAACCCACUGCUGGAUGUUGCACCGCGCGGGUCACUUCGUCGUCGUGAAUGGGCGAGGCACAGGGAGCAGUUCUGAUAGUAUUCGCCUCUGAUGUCUCGUGUCAGAUUCAAUUCACUGUGGCUGGGAAUUGAACUCAGGCCCUAAGGUUUCGGAGCGUCGUUCGCUAAACACUGCGCCACCGUUCCGGAGGAAAAAUAAAAGAUCGUAAUCACAUUACAUGUUCAUCACGUGGUACAAAUGUUGUUUGUAACGAGCCAUAACAUGUGAAGUUGAUGCUCAUCGCAGCAACAGUGAACAUGUGAACAUGUGUGUGUGUGUCUGUGUGUGUGUGUCUGUGUGUGUGUGUGUGCGUUGACGGGACAUUGCCAUACAUAUACACAUGCCGCACACACACACACAGACACAGGUGCGCCACACACACAGACACACACACACACAGGUGCGCCACACACGAUCAGCUGUUUGUGUUGAACGCGGUACGCGCAGGACGCGCAAUUCACCAUUGUCGAAAUUCCAGCGAACAUUUAGCGAAUUCACGUCUCGAGACACGUGUCUAACUCAUCAUGAUCAUCAUCACCGGCCAUGGUCAAUCUACUGCUGGACUAAUGCCUUCCCCAAGCGUGCGAUCCUCGCGGACGGCAUUUUAACAACACUUGCCCCAAAAGUCUGUGAAGGCUAUCUCUGUCUUUGUUUUAUUUUGUCUGUGUGUCCACGUGUGUCGCAUUCGAUGUCUGAAUUUCGAGAUUUCUCCCUCCUCCAGAAAAACAAACGUAGCCGACUUCCAACUCAAACAAGCACACGAAGUGAUGACUGCACGCGAGUGUUGAUUUAUUCUACGUAUUUGUUUAUAUAAAAACAAAAAACUGAAAAACAGCAUACUCCCACCACCACACACGCGUAUUUACACACCCAUACGUGCUACAUCGAGUGUGCACGUGUAUAUACACGUGUAUUUGUUAUAUAUAUAAAUUGCUUGUAAAUGUGUGUGUGUAUAUAUUCUGGUACGUGUAAAGUCCAUAGGCGUAUAUAUAUAUACAUAUAUAUGAUAUUGUAAAUACGAUCUUUGGUACGGUACCUAUAUCUUGUGGGGAACUAACGCUGUGUUUACCGGGCAGAGGAUGUAAGCGCGCUGUAACGAAGCCAUGGAAUAAAGCCGAUCUCGACACGUCAA